GAAGUACAAAUAAUUGCGGAAGUGCCGUAGACAGCGGCCUUUCUAAAUGGAAAAGUUGUAAACAUUGUAAGUUGGAGUUCCUGAAUAUUAUUAAAUAUAUUGUAAUUGAGUCGGCGUUUACAGAAUACUAAACAAUUGCUUUUAUAUCGUGUCAGUUUUGGGUAAUGGCAACACUAGUUCAUCUUUGUUGCUAGAGUUUUAUGUUUUGGAAUAAUGUUGUGAUUGUAUUCCGGUCAGAUAGUUGUACGUCUAAAGAAACAAUGCCCAUAUGGACACUUUUAGACAACGUUUGAGGUUCGAGAAGAACGAUGUGGAUGUGAAACUAAGGAAAAGAAAGUCACUGCUUUAUUUAAAAGAAGAUCAUGCUCCUCUUAGAAAUGAUGUGCUGAGAGUUGCAGCAUUUUCUGUGACAUUCCGGAUCAUUAACUGCUUCCUAGUACAGAGCAGCUUUGUUCCAGAUGAGUACUGGCAGUCUCUGGAGGUCGCCCAUCACAUGGUCUUCAAUUAUGGCCAUCUGACCUGGGAAUGGAAAGAAGGCCUUAGAGGCUUCACCUAUCCUCUCAUCUUUGCCUUCAUCUACAAACUACUAUACUUCAUAAACUGUGACUCUGUUUAUCUCUUGAUAUGGCUGCCUCGAGUCUUUCAAGCGCUCCUCGCUGCAUUUGCAGACCUCAAGUUCUUCUUCCUCAUGAGAACACUGGAGGGUGGACAAGUUGCAAAAUGGACGGCCUUCUGCCAGCUGUGCUCGUGGUUCACAUGGUUCUGCUGCACCAGGACGCUGAGCAACAGCAUGGAGACCAGCAUCACUUGCAUGGCGCUGUCCUACUUCCCUCUGUCUGCAUCCCAAGCACACAGCAGCAAAAAAUAUUUGACCCUUGUUGCCCUGGCGAUCAUUGUUCGCCCCACGGCCCUGAUUGUCUGGCUUCCGCUGUUGAUUUACCAUUUCUGGCAGGAGGAAAACAAACUGAGACUAAUUGCUCAUGAUUACAUCCCUAUUGGGUUUGUGCUUUUAAUUUCAUAUUCAUUUACUUUUGUUGUUUUUUCUGCGUUAACGUUUUCUUUUCACCUCUCCAGGGCCUCAGCUGUUGUGAUUUCAAUCGUAAUCGACUGCAUCUUUUAUGGAAAGUGGACCUUUGUGCAGUUCAACUUCCUGAAGUUUAACAUCUUCCACGGCGUGGCAGAUUUCUAUGGCUCCCACCCCUGGCACUGGUACUUCACGCAGGGCUUCGUGGUCGUGAUGGGCCCACAUCUCCCGUUCUUUCUUCACGGAUGCUGCCUGGCUUUCAGAAGAUACAGAAUCUUGCUGGUGGCAAUUUCAUGGACUAUUGGCGUGUACAGUGUGCUUCCUCACAAAGAGUUUAGAUUCAUCUACCCUGUGCUUCCCUUCUGUAUGAUAUUUUGUGGAUUAUCGAUGGCUCAUUUAAGAGCGUGGCGACGAACAGCUGCGUGUGUUUUGGUAGUGACCAACCUGCUCGCUGCUCUCUACACGGGGCUCAUUCACCAGCGCGGCACUCUGGACGUGAUGAGCCACCUACAGACACUUUGCCACAUCUCAGAGCAGCCACAGCCGUACAUUCUCUUCCUUAUGCCCUGCCACUCCACGCCUUUCCACAGUCACAUCCACUGUCCACUAAGGAUGAGGUUCCUGGAGUGCCCACCUGAUCUUGGUGAAGGGGCUUAUAUGGACGAAGCAGAUGGAUUCUAUAGUGACCCUCUUCACUGGCUCACAACUUCAUUUCCACACAAGUCCUCAGGCCCUACUCACUUGGUUCUGUUUGACGUUUUGGAAAAGGAAAUCUCCGCAUUUUUACUCGAGAAUAACUUCACAAAGACCACAGAGAUGUUUCACACUCAUUUUCCCUCGGGAAGAGUUGGAGGAAGUAUUUUUAUUUAUGAAAGGCACUGACAACCAUGGAACACAUCUUUUAGCCACU